AAACAAAACACAUCACUUUUUCUUUCUCUUCCAACCCACGGUCUGCUUUUCACGAAGCAUGUUAUCACUUUGUCCAUUUUUAAUUGUUAUUUUUGUCGUAAGACAAGCUGAGACCAGCAUGAGCACUCUGAACCAGCAGUAUGAUGAGAAGGUCCGUCCCCUCAUCGACCUCAUUGACUCUCUCCGCUCUCUCGGUGUAGAGAAGGACCUGGCACUGCCUGCUAUCGCCGUGAUUGGAGACCAAAGCUCGGGGAAGAGCUCUGUGUUGGAGGCGCUGUCCGGGGUGGCACUGCCGAGAGGCAGCGGUAUUGUGACAAGAUGUCCACUGGAACUGAAGAUGAUGAGAAAGAAGGAAGGAGAGGCGUGGUAUGGAAAGAUAAGCUACCGCGACUUUGAAGAAAAGAUAAAAGAGCCUGCACUCGUCGAGAAAAUGAUUCGAGAAGCUCAACUUAAAUUGAUCGGGAAUGAUACGGGGAUCAGCAGUGAGCUCAUCAGUCUGGAGAUUGCCUCCCCGGAUGUUCCAGACCUUACUCUCAUCGACCUGCCUGGCAUUGCCCGGGUGGCUGUAGAUGGGCAGUCGGCAGACAUUGGUGAUAAGAUUAAAACUAUGAUCCAGACUGUCAUCAGUAAACAAGAAACUAUCAACCUGGUGGUUGUUCCAUGCAACGUGGACAUUGCAACUACAGAGGCUUUGAAUAUGGCUAAGCUGGUGGAUCCUGAUGGAGAGAGGACUUUGGGUAUCUUGACUAAACCUGACCUGGUGGACAAAGGCACAGAAGAGAACGUGGUUAAAAUUGUCCAUAAUGAAGUCAUCCCGCUGAAGAAGGGCUACAUGGUGGUCAAAUGCAGGGGUCAGAAGGAGAUCACAGAGAAGGUUUCACUUUCUGAAGCACUAAAAAAUGAGGAAGCCUUCUUCAAA